AUGACAAUCCUCACCAACUUCCUCCUCCUGCCCCUCACCCUCCUCACCACCCUCACCAUAUCCACCACCGCCCAAACCCCCAAAUCCCGUACCCUCCACCCGGAACUCAACGCCGCCCUGCGCACCGCCGCCACAUCCUUUGACCGCGCAGCCCUCCUCCCUUCCUCGUCAGACUGGACCUACGACUUCACCGCGCACCCCAACUACGACUCCCCAACCGGCGCCGUCAUCAACGCCGACGCCGCCACUUUCCCUGCCGUCACCGGCCUGGGAUCUAGCGUAGCGUUGCUGAAGUUGGCACCGUGCGGCAUGCUGCCCCCGCAUUUGCAUCCGCGGGCUACUAACAUAGUGACUGCGAUUACGGGGAAUACGACGACGUGGAUGAUUGGGGAGAAUGGGGUGGGCGUUAGGAGGGUCGAGCUACUGCCGAUGAUGGUGACGGUGUUUCCGCAAGCGAGUUUGCACAUGAUGCAGAAUAAUGACUGCGAACCCUCGCUCCUCAUCUCCUCGCUCAACAGCGAUGACAGCGGCACUCUCAAUAUCUUGCCUAGCUUGUGGUCUGUACCCCAAGACAUCAUUGGCGCAGGCUUCGGCAACGACGCCUUCAACGCCGCGGAUGUCGGCAAGGAUAUCCCCGCCGUAGGAACCGGCGCUAUUAUCGGGAGUGCGGAGUGUAAGAAGCGAUGUGGUAUCUCGACAUGA